AUGGCGAUAUCCUUCGUUCGCUUCUCGAUCAUCGCUGUGGCGUUUGGGUUACUUGCGGUGACCUCCUUCGCCCAGGCACCCGGAGCCGCCCCUAUGAGGCCUCCCACCGCGGCCCCGGUAAAGCCUCCCACCCCGUCUCCGGUGAGGCCUCCUACCCCCGCCCCCGUCUCCCCGCCCUCCGCCUCUCCGUCCCCGGCCUCCGUCGUCACCCCCCCGGCAUCCACUCCGACCCCCUCUUCUGCCCCGGCCGCCUCUCCUCCGGCCCCUCCGACGGCCGCCACCCCCUCGGGCUCUCCCUCGGGCUCUCCCACCGCAAUCGCCGCCCCGCCGUCCGAGGCCCCCUCCGCCUCUGGGGGGGAGACGCCUGCCGCCACCUCCAUCGUCAGCUGGAUCGCCGUCGCCGGCGCUGUCGCCGUCGCUUGCGCGUUCUAG